AUGACAGUCAUCAUGGCUUUGCAGGGAUCUAUACGGGCCUCUAGGCAACUCCCCCGCUUGCCUUGCGUGCUCCCAUUCCCGUCUCUCGGACAUGGCUCCGUGCCCAGGAAAGGAUCGCAGACGCUGCAAGUAGCUGGAGCGCGUAGCUUCUCGGCCCUCGCGCCAGGCUGUCGCUCGCCGUUGACUCAGGCAAGCUUACGAAUGAAGAGAAGUAGUAAUCUCUGUACAAAGGAGUCGUCGCAGUGGGCACGGUUCACUGUCCAGCAGAAAAGAUGGUCGGCGCAGAAGUCGACCGACCCGAAAGAGACCCAAAACACUGAGCCCAAGUCCAAAACUGCGGCUAUUCUGUCUAAGAUCCCUAGACCCACCACCCACGAGAACAUCUACACUGUUCCCAACAUCCUCACUCUCACCCGUUUAGUUGCGGCUCCUUUGGUAGGAUACUUCCUCGUGCAAGGCCACCACACGGCUGCAUUGGGUCUGUUCGCAUACGCCGGCAUCACGGAUCUUGUGGAUGGCUGGAUUGCACGCCGAUGGAACUUGCAAACGGUCGUCGGGACGAUCAUCGAUCCCAUGGCUGACAAGCUACUGAUGACGAUCGGUGUCGCUUGUUUGGCUGUCAAUGGAUCUAUUCCUGUCUGGCUCGCCAUCAUUAUCCUCGGCCGUGACGUUGGCCUGGCGCUCUCGGCCAUCUACUACCGAUGGAUCUCUCUUCCUCCGCCCAAGACCAUGGCCAGGUACUGGGAUUUUUCUCUCCCCUCUGCCGAGGUCAAACCCACGACAGUCUCCAAGGUCAACACUGCGUUGCAGCUUCUCCUCGUGGGUAGUGCAAUCGGGAUGCCCGUGCUUCCAGAGACGGUGAUUGAUGCGUGGCAUUUGAAGGAAGCCAUGACCGCAUUUCAAUACCUCGUUGCCGGAACCACGAUCUGGUCCGGUCUCAGCUACGUGUUUUCCAAGGACGCCGUCAAGAUCUUGACGAAAGAGGAGGUCCAGAAGCGCAUUGCUCGAGCUGCGGGGAAGAAGUAA